AUGGAUGAGGUUGCAAGGCACAAGCCGAAGAGAGGUAGGCCAAAGAACCGAGUUGUUCAGCAUUGUAGCAAGCCAAGUAUACACUUUCCAACAAGUCAAUCAGCUCAGAAUAUCAAGAAGAAAAAUAAACAUCUCAUUCGUGCCACAGCCAGCCCAAUACCAGGACAUUUCAAAGAAAAGCCUCAUUUACUAAAUAUUGAAGGAACUAAUCCAGGAUUCACAACUAUAAUAUGUGAUGAUCAAGAGCAGGGGGGAAUCCUUCAGGAUGAAGAGUGGGAUGAAAAUGAUAUCCUGCAGGAGAUCUUGACAUCUGGUAUAUUGGAUUGGAACCCAGAGGUUUCAUGGGCUGCAAAUCAUAUCAAGGAUGAUGGAUUAAAUGGAGAUGAAGAGACAGAUAAAAUCACAAUUGAUGAACAUGUCAUGGGAGAAGAAUUUGUCGAUGCCAAUUAUGAUGUCCUAUCCAUUGAGAAGGGUGCAUUAGAAAAACAUUUAUCUUCUACUAAGCGACAUCGAGGGCGUCCAAAAAAGUCCACACAUGACAUGAAUAAUGAAUCAUCCUCGAUUUUCCUUGAAUUGGACAAUGAAAACAAUGAAAACAUCCAAUGCAUGAGGUCCUGGAGUUUGGCACAAUCUACAGGAAGAGUUGUGGAUGAUGAAUACAGGCCCUCUCCAUCGCUAUUAGCUACAGUACGGUCACCAUCAGUUGAGGUUAAAACACAUGCAAUAGCUGAACUGACAGUUGAAGAAAUCACCUCUCGUAUGAUGGCCCAACCAUUGUUUUGGACGUCUGUCUGGAACAACUGGAGUACCCUUGAGUUAGACCAAUGGCUCGACGCCACAGUGGCUAAUUUCUAUUUGGCCCACAUGUGGUAUGAGGUGCAUGAUACAUCAUGCAUGAGAUAUGUCAACAUAUAUACAGCAAGGAUGAACCCCAUAACAGCUGAAGAAAAGGAGCUCUUCAAGAGGAAUUAUUUCCUGCCUCGUGAAGGAAGAUGUCCAAUGGUCCCUGUUGGAUUCAUAGUGCAUCAUUCUCAACAUUUCUUUGUGGUCAUAUUUGACUAUCAGAGACAGAGAGCUCGCAUACUGGGUUGCCAUAUAUCCGAAGAUGCCAUGAAUGUUGAUGGAGUGGAUCCACAUGACUGGGAAGAUUGGGGUGGACCGGAAUAUUGGACGAGGAUUGGAGACCUUCACGAAUGGAGUCUAGGAGACGUUUCUGACGUCUCUGUCAUCACAAAGGAUUGGGUGCAGAAUGGACUGGACUGUGGACCAAUUGCAUGCUCUGUCCUUGAGCAAUGUCUCGCUUCAGGAAUCAACGAGGGUGGCCACUUACCAGUGUUUGAAGUCCAAUGCGGCCAUUUGUUGCGCAUAAUUGCUGGUCAUGUCAAGCUCAGCUGCAGCGACUAUCUCAUGCUUCUGGAUAGCUCACAAGAUGAUUGGAGAGAGGAGGAGUUGCCAGAUGAAGAUCUCAUCAACGACAUCCAGAACGGAAGGCACCAGGCCAAAUGCCUGCAGCUUUUGCGGAGACUAGGGGAGCUCAAAGUUGAACGCCCAACACCCAAGCCCAACGCCUAA